AUGAGCGACACGUGUCCGCAGUGGCUCAGAGACCUCGCCAAUCGGUGUCUUUCGUUUGACCCUACCGAGCGCCCGACGGCCGAGGACAUCAUCAAAACGCUCCUGCCACAUCGCGACACGACGGCAUUUGACCUCUUCGAAGUCGACGGUGAAGCGGACGACGUCGAGGAGCCAAGCGAUGCACUCGUUGAAGAAGUGGACGGCGUCGAGGAGCCGAGCGAUGCCCCAAGCCCCAUCGAGGAGGAGGAGGCUGUGGGCUACGCGACGCGCUUCUUGCGCUACAUCGCAGCCUUCGGACGUUCAUGAUCCAAGAUGACCGCUUUCGAGACUCGCAGUCUGGAUACGAGGUAGCUGACAGCCGCACCACCGUCGAGUCUAUAGUCGAAUAGUACAAGCUUUUAUAAUUCUCUAACACCACAUUCAUCGUUGCUCAA